UACUCCUUUUUUAAUUUAUGUAUUGCUUUCGUUUAAUUAGCCUAAAACUAAAUGAAAAGUUUGGUCAAUUGUAAAAUAAAGCACCUUGGCAACACCAUUUACUGGAACAGUGCAGCAUUGCAUUGCAGCAUUGCAAUCAGAAGCUGUUAAUAUACGGGAUAAAUAGACGAAAAAUAUGGCUCAAGAACUAAAAGAACUCUGUCAGCUCUUAUUUCCUGAUUCAACUGAAGAAACGGCAGAAUAUUUCAGUGACAUUACUGACUACAUUAAGAACUUGGGCGCCCAGAAUUGGGAACAUAUUCGUAAAGAGCCAGAAAGGCUAACUGAAGAGAUGAAACAGUUAACUGAACAGACACAGGAGCUAGCCUUCACUAACUAUAAGACAUUUGUUGAGACUGCAGAGAUUUCACAUACUAUAAUCAAUGAUUUAGCAAAAUCUAAAGAAUCCCUUUCAUUAUUCCUUGAAAACACACCACUGUUCUUACAAGAAUGUGAAAAAUUCUCACAAAUUGCUGGCAACAUUGUCAAAGAGAAGAGCCGUUACAGUUCUAUCCGCAAUCAAAGUGAUAAACUGUUGGAGCUACUGGAAUUGCCUUCUCUAAUGAGAGAGGCGUUGAACGCUGAAGACUAUGAAAGUGCAUUAGAUAUCUUCACCUUUGUCCGUAAUUUGUCCAAACGAUAUUCUGAAAUACCAAUAGUUCAGAACACCACUGCAGAAAUAAUGACAUUGUGGUUUGAAACUUUAUAUCAUCUUUUCAAUCAAUUGCGAUAUGAUUUGCCUCUACCUCAGUGUUUACAAAUUUUAGGCUAUCUCCGUAGAGCAAAUACAGUAUAUAGGUCAACAGAUGAUGAUGAAGGCAGUAUAUACAAUGUUGGUGGAAAAAUAAAUAGUUCACAAUCUGCAAAUGAUGGCCUGCAUGUGCACUUUCUAAAAGCAAGAAAUGCUUGGUUUGAAAAAGCUUUAGAGGAUGCGAAAAAUGCAGAAACACCGGAGAGAAUAUUAAGAAGAAUUGUCGAAUUACACAGAAUUCAUUUAUUCAAUGUUUUGACUCAACACAAGUCAAUUUUUCUGUCUGAUUCUCAAGAGUCGAAAACUAAAGAUGACGAAUUAAGUGGGACUAGCGCAUUGUCGUGCUGGUUGAAGUUGAAGGUUGAAAUGUUGGCUCAAAUAUUAAACCAAGAUUUGCCCAAAGAAGACGAGGCUAGUUUCGAGUCUCUUCUUAAUCAGUGUAUGUACCUUUGCCUUUCAUUUGGAAGAGUUGGAGCAGACAUGAGAUGUGUGCUGACACCAUUGUUCAGAAAUAAUAUCCUUAACCAGUUUCACAGUGGACUUGAGAAAGCAGACUCUCAAUUUGAAAACCAAAUGCGGUCAUAUAAAGUCCCCAGCAUUAAGAAUGUUCCAAGACCAAUAAAUGAAAGUGUAUCAACGGGGCCGCCGGAAAACCUAUUGGAUUACUAUCCUUUAGCUGAGUACUGCAAUGGUUUACUGACUGUCCUCAACUCCAUGAGAGUGACUGCCCCAUUAAAUAUUGUGAAGGAAGUAUAUAAUGCCUUCAGAGAAUCACUCAAUAAAGCUGUUCAAGUACUUCUGGCAUUCUACUACAGAGAGCAACAGAGCUUUACUGAUAUUGAAAAACAGAACUUUGUUUCGCUAUGCGUUUGUUUUACUGAAGACUUGGUCCCUUAUAUAGCGAAGUGUCUAUCUCAAUCAUUCCCAUCCACACAAGUAGCUGAACUGCUAGGUGUAACAUUAACUGUUUUACAAGAGAGUAAUAUUUUACAUGUAGACCAAACUAUUGUUUGCGAACCACUUAGUUGCAUAACGGGUGUAACUGUUAAUUAGUAUGUUAUCAGUAUUUUAUUUUAGUGUAAAUAUAUUUAUGUAAAUUGUAUAACAAAUAAAAUAAACAUGUUACAAA